AUGAUUAAUAUUAACAAAGUAAAACUUGAAAAGCAGAAGCAAUUAGAAUUUUCGGAUUUGAAAUUAAAAUAAAAAGAGGAUCUAGAAGAUGUCAAAAUGGUGGCAGAGAUAAGAACAGUAUAAACUCAAUUACUAAAGGGAAUGCUUAAAGAAAACUAAGCACAAUUGAGCGAUUUGAUAGCUGCUAUUACUCAAAUGCGUCAGAUCCUCGAAAAAUCAAAAACAUUAAAACUUUGA